UCAUAGACGUGCAGCAUAGGAACUCAGAUAAUCAAAACUUGAGGGAGGGACUGAGAGAGAGCAAGUCAGUGAGUGUCUACAAAAAUUCUUCCCACCCAUCGGCCAAAUAGGAUUAUUAACACAGAGAACUAAGAAGCUCCAGAUUAGCUUGGAAAUGCCAAUAGCUGAUCUCCUGGGUGUUCAGUUCGACAUGCAACUGCUGGGCAAGCUGUCUCUGUCUGUGGCAGCUGUGCUGCUCAUAUCUUGGGCUUACAAGUUCUACAGUUCUCGGGGAUUCACUGUUCACCAAGAUGGAUCAGCCCAGGGAAAUGGAAAAAUGGUCCAACAAAGUCACAGAGAUGUUUCUUCAGGGUCCUGCAUCAGCUGCAACUCAGAGCUUCGUCCACGCCAGAAAAACCUAGCUGAGGAUGCUGAAGAGAAAUCUUUGGUGGCAAAUAAACCUGACAUCGAGAGUAAGCCAAGAGACACAAGCCCAAUUAAGGAUCCAGCUGAUGAAAGUGUCAUAGAUAAACACUCUUCAGCACUGCUGAGCACUGGCACAAACAAAUGGACAGUGGAAGAGAACAGCUCUGACAGUGCACAGAAAACAUUUACUUCCAGUCCUCUGGAGUUUCAUGAGCAGUCUGCUGAUUGCAUCCCAAGUGGUACCUUGUCACCCCCUGCUGCAAAAGAACAAGGUAGAGUAAGUCCAGCAGGAGGUCGCUCUCCACUCUUGUUAAGGAAGUUGGAGCCUGGUUCUGGUGUUGGUCGAGAGCUCAAGCAAAAUCUGGAGCACCCAGGUUCCUACUUCAGCUUCCAGUCCAAGGCAGAGAUCACAGUAGGAGAUGGCGACCUCUUGUUAGGGAGACCUGGAGGCGAACUGAUGGAGGUACGUGGAAAGAUUUAUGACUAUUAUGUGGAAUCUGCCUCCCAGUCUAUCUCAGGGGAUAGUGCCUAUCACUCAACUUUCCUCAGCCCUGCACGCAGGAGCUGUGAAGACAAUGUUUUACAAGACUCCUCUUUUACCCUUUUCCCACAAGAUUCUGAGCUCUGUUAUAAAGACUCUCGUUCUCCUUUAAGUCCAGUUGGACUUCUGCCCCAGUCUUCUGGGAGACAGGGGCAUGGCCUAAGCAGAAAAGAGAGCAUUUCUCAGAUUGUUGAGAACUCAGACCUCCAGAUCCCCUUCAUGGAGGCAAGGGCAUCCACUCCAGUGAACAGUGAGUUUGACUCGAGAACAGAUUCAUCAGAAGACUUGUGUUCCAGUCCAGAUUCCUUGAUGUUUCCUGAGCCAAGCUUAGAAGUGAUAGCUGGAGCCAAUUUUUUACAAAUGCCCCAGGACAGCAUAGGUACUUUUGAACUGGAAGGCCUCAAGUGUAAACUGGACUUGGGUAACUGCCUACAAGCCCUCAGCUUGGCCAGAAAAUAUAAGCGUAAAGACCUCCAACAGGCAGCUUUUAAAGUCAUGUCUGACAAUUACUUUCAAGUUUUAAGAGAUCCAGAACUGUAUGGGAGGCUGAAAGCAGACGAAAGAGACCAAAUUCAAAGGCUGCGAAUGAAGGGCAGGCGGUACCUGAUCGUGGCUGACAUGGACCCUCAAGACCUGAUGAGACCUAAAUUGAGCAAGGCAGAAACUUCCAGGACGUCAAGCAUGUUGUAUUACUAUGAUGACUACAAAGACACCUGGCAUCCCCUGAGCAGCAUUCCCAAAGAGGUCAUCUCCAAAGGCUGUGCCAUGUGUACCAUGGAUAAUUAUCUCUUCAUUGCAGUGGGCUGCAAUGGAUUGGAACGAGACCUUAAACCAUCCAAAAAUGUAUUCUGUUACAAUCCUGUGACAGGCAUCUGGAAAGAAAUCAGUCCCAUGAAUGAAGCCAGACCCCACUGCAAGCUAGUUGCCCUCCAAGGCUACCUUUAUGCCAUUGGGGGAGAGUGCCUCUACACUGUGGAGCGAUAUGACCCCCGUAUGGAUAGAUGGACCUUUGUAGCCCCUUUGCCCAAUGACACUUUUGCUGUGGCCCAUAAAGCAACAGCGUGCAAUGGACAGCUCUUUGUCUCUGGCGGCACCUUAAGAUAUAGUCUCCUUCGUUACAACCCAAAAACUAACUCGUGGAAGGAGAGCCUGAUCGUAGGAACCAAGGAACGAGCCACAGAGAUGGUGGCUAUAAGGAACUUCAUCUACCGGUUUGAUGUCAACUCCUCUUUGGGUAUCAGUGUCUACCGUUACCACGCCAUGGCCAGGCUGUGGUAUGAGUGCUGUUCCAAGCGUCUCCCCUGCUGUGCGGCCUUCCAGUGCGCAACCAUCGACGACGUGAUCUACUGUGUCAAUCGGCAAUUCACCAUGAGGUUUCUCGCUGAUGAGGUGUCUCCUGCCUUUGUGGCAGAUGACUUGAAAGUUCUCCCUAUGGCUAAGGGAGUGUUGUUUCCCUUCGUCCUGGUACUUCCUGAAAAAGGAACUCUGCAGACCCCAGUAUGAGAAAAUGGAGGUUCAUUAAUACCAGGGAAGGAAACGGGAAGGGUUGCAGUACACAACAUCAGCAGAGAUUUUGUUGGAACAAGUUGAAAACUGUGCUCCUACAUGAAUUAAUUAAAAGAGCAGAUCACAAGCACCUUCAGCCGAACUAUUUCUGUGCUGCAUGUUUAUUGUUCAAAUUUAUGCUAUUGUAAUCCUGUAACUAAUUUACUGUGGUUGCCUGUAAUGUAUCUUAAGCUGUAUGACUUAUUGCAAUGCUUCACUAUGUAAUUUAUCGCAUCAUAUAAUUGCUGCACACUACUUAAUAUUCUAUUUUUUAUUAUAUAAUUAUUAAUUCAUUUAAAAUACAACUUUAUUGUUAACUGCAAGUUUCUUUGGAUAAAGAUAUAAACUAAAGGCAUAUUAUUGAACUCAAACACCUUGCUACAUUUAAUGUAUUCACAAGUUGGUAAUUAUAUUGACAGCAAUUUGUACGUAACUCAAUUUGUAUGUUGAGUUCUUUUAGUGUUCCAGUGUUCCUUGGGUAAAAAAGAAUUGAGCAAAGUAACUAAGAAUUGAAAUCAGUAGUUUAGCCAAGGGGAGGGUUAUCAUGUUUACUUCUGUUUGGUGUGAUGCAUUAGCAACUAGUGUUUGUAAUCCACAUAAUGAAGACCGGAUAUCUAUAUAUUUAUAUGUUUAUAUAAACUUAUUUAUAUA